AACCAGAGCCGGUUCUCCGCUAGAACGUCGCACGCAGAGCGUCACGUGACAGGUUCGCGCCAAUUCGAGAGUUUGCAACAUCCGGGUCUCUUCUACUCUGCUGCACAGAAUCAGCCACCUUUGAACAGCCAUGGACUUGAGUGAUUUUGAAACGGACAAUUCAGUCAGCUGCCGUCUGGCCUCUGCUGUACCAGAGGCCUGCAAGAGCGAGGACUGUUGUCUGGGUAUCGAUGAGGCUGGAAGGGGUCCUGUUCUGGGUCCGAUGGUUUAUGGAAUAUGUUUCUGUCCUGUGUCCAGAAAGGAGGACUUAAAGGACCUAAAAGUGGCAGAUUCAAAGACUCUGUCAGAGACAGAGAGGGAAAAUCUGUUUCUGAAGCUGGACGGAGCAAAGAGCUUUGUGGGCUGGGCACUUCAGAUCCUCUCCCCCAAUACCAUCUCCACCAGCAUGUUACAGAGGGCUAAGUAUAAUUUAAAUGCUCUCUCUCAUGAUGCUGCCAUUGGGCUGGUGCAGUAUGCUCUGGACUGUGGGGUACAACUCAAAGAGGUGUUUGUGGACACAGUGGGGCCAGCAGAAAAGUAUGAGCAGAAGCUCUCUCAGCGUUUCCCCGGAAUUAAAGUGACUGUGCGCCCCAAAGCUGACUCACUCUUCCCCAUCGUCAGCGCAGCCAGUAUCUGUGCCAAGGUGGCCAGAGACCAUGUUGUGAAAGGCUGGAAGUUUGCUGAAGAUCUGGGGGAAGUGGACUCAGAAUACGGCUCAGGAUAUCCCAAUGAUCCGAAGACUAAAAGCUGGCUGUUGAAGUAUCUGGACCCCGUGUUUGGUUAUCCUCAGUUUGUACGGUUUAGCUGGAGUACAGCACAGACACUGCUGGACAGCAAAGCGGUCACUGUGCACUGGGAUGACGAUGAGGAAGACGGGGAGAAAGCAGCAGCUCGGCAAAAUAACACUUCCAUGCUGUCGUACUUCAGCCGCAGCAAACCUACCAGUGCACCAACACGGGACACACACCGCUUCUUUACCGAGCGCAGAUUACAGAGCAUCGACACACUCUGAAUACGCGUUCACACGCGUACACAAUCAUACAGACACACAAUCAGAGACUGCAGAGGUCACAGAAAUGUGCUCAUUGUGUAUAGAUCUCAACCAACACUGUACCGUAUGUUCUCAGAACCAGCUCCACAGCUUCAGCGCCGUCCAGAGUCUGCUGGACAUGUCAUACGUUUCAUGUGUUUUAUACAUAAUUUCUUAAUGUUCAAGUAAUAAAUUGCAUAUUUUAUACAUUA